AAAAACGUCAUCACGUCGAUCAGCAGCGUUGUUACAGAGUUGCCAUAGCAACAUGUUGUCUCGUGCAAUUUAGCGAAACGAUUUGAUCAAGUUUUACUGUUUGGGGUUAGAAAGAAAAAUCAAUAUUUACUGUAAUUGGACCUCAUCGACCACUCGCACAGAUGGAGUCUUCCCUCCCCCGGAGCAGCGGGGGGCUCUGGAACAACCCUCGAGCGGCCGGGAGCACAGACGACCGGGACUCGCUGAGACUAAUUAAAGAGGAGUGGAGGCUCACCACCCUUCAAAAUAAGAACAACAGAUUCUCAAACGGACGUGCCGUUCCUCAGAAGUCUGGUCCCAAAACUUCCUUUCCUCCAGCUAAACCAGCAGAGAAUCACCAGACCUUCAGACCUCAAAGACGCACUGCCGAGGGAUGUCGGUCUGGAGACAGCUACAUGAGGGAGAAGUUUCACCCUGGUCCCACACGGGACAUGGAGGAGGAAAAGAGGAGGCUUCAAAACAUUUUAGCAACAGGAAAGGAGGAGACGCCUGUUUCUCCUCCAGAAACUCCUGCAGCUAAAGACCCAGAAGUGUCAGAGGAGCGCUUCGAGGAAGUGCUGCGUGAAAUAGAAGAAAGAAGACAAUUUCUAGCAGACAUGGAAGCUCUGGGUCAAGAGAGGGAGUAUGUGGGGAUCAUCAACACUCAGAUCUCACAGAAACUUCAGGAGCUAAAGAUGCUUCAGGAGGAGACCAGGAGUCCCAGCUUUUAGACUCAACCGUAGAUGGAGACCAGGAAAACUUCAGCUCAUCCAACAGCAUCCCACCGCUCCAGUGAUGACGAGCAAGUCCAUCAGCUUCCAAUAAAUCACUGAACACUGCAACAGGAA